AUGAGCUACGAACAUUUCACGUAUAAAGUUGAAAACAAAGUGGCUCAUGUAGCCAUUAACAGACCAGACAAAGUCAAUUCUUUAAAUGAAACUUCUUGGAAAGAGCUGAAAGCAAUUUUUGAAAGGAUAAGUGAUGAACCUGAAGCAAGAGUUGCUGUGUUUUCUGGAGAAGGUAAACUCUUCUGUGCAGGAAUUGAUCUGCAAAUGUUAAUGUCUGUAAAGAGCGUUGAAGAGAUUGAAUGCGGAGGGCGAAGAAGUGAGAAAAUUCUAAGCUUUAUCAAACAUUUACAAGGAUGCAUUAAUGCUAUUGAAAAUUGUUCUAAACCGGUAAUUGCGGCCAUACAUAAUGGAUGCAUAGGUGGUGGAGUAGAUAUCGUUGCUGCUUGCGAUUUAAGAUACUGUUCUGACGAUGCCUACUUCACCAUAAAAGAAAUAGACAUGGGAAUGGUGGCAGAUCUUGGUACUCUACAACGCCUGCCAAAGUUUGUGAAGCCAGCAAUGGUAGCUGAAAUGGCCUUUACCGGGAGAAAAGUUGCCGCUACCGAAGCAAAAGAAAUAGGUUUGGUAAACAAUCAUUAUGCUGAUAAAGAAGAAAUGAUGACAGUGGUUAAUAAGAUAGCAGGAACAAUUGCUUCAAAAUCCCCUGUUUCUAUCCGUGGAACGAAGGAAAUUCUACGGCACACUAGAGAUCAUUCGGUUGAAGAUGGCUUACAUCAUAUGGCGGUAUGGAACUCUGCCAUGCUUUUAUCUGACGAUUUAACACAGGCAUUUAUGUCCGCUAUGAGCAAGCAAAAGCCGGAGUUCAAGGAUUAA